AUGAGGCUGAUCGCGGCGAUUCUCGUCGUCGCUCUCUCGGGUGCAGCUGCGGUGUCCGGCCAAGACCUCGGCGGUCACGCGCUCUUCGUGAGAACCGCGGACGCGGAUCCCGCACGCUCGAGAGUCCAACGGGCUGCUACCACGGUAUCGCCGGCAGACAUGAUGGCGCACAAUAUCCUAGAGUGGAUUCAAGGGCUCUACCAGCAGGGCACACGUAAAAUUCGCCAGCAAUCGGACUCGAACGGUUACUUGCCGCCCUACAGCACUCAACGGCCGCCUGAGAAACCGCGACCUUUCCAGGCGGCCACGGGUUCUCAGCAGAAUGACGUAACGGGCUACCCCGCGCAGCGGCCGUCGUCGCAGUACACCCCACCGGACCUCGGCGGUUACCCGUCCGGGCAACCCUCGACGCCGUUCUCCACUCCGAGACCGAGCCAGCAGCCCUCGUCGACGUACGUGCCGCAGGGCUUCAGGGGCUCCACGUCCUACAACCCGCCCCGGCCGAGUCAGCCCUCGUACAGCAACGCGGGCUCGUCGGCUUUCCCGCCGCUGAUCUCCCCGGAAUCGUCGUCCACUUACCUUCCGCCGCAGCCGCCGUCAUCGACCAUCAGCCCGAGACCGUCCCCUUCCGAAUCCAUGAUCGGAGUCUCAGGACCCUCAGGACCAACCCCGACAAGAGGCUAUCCUAGUACAGGUUUCCCCAGCUCGGGGGCGGGAUUUACGCCUUCGACAGCUGGAUAUCAAACCACCGGAAGACCAUUCCCUCCCUUUACUACACCAGGUGAAACUGGCGUGAGUGCUGGUGGUAGUGCGGGUACCACAGGAGAAGGCCCUGGAAUUUCAACUGCAAGUGGUACUGCUACUGGUGUUUCAACUACUGGUACUGGAGAGGUCACUCAAACUGUGGAAGAUCUUAGUCAUCCCCCGCAUAUCCAUAGUCUUGAUGUCGAAUGCAGUAAAACAAUGAUGACGAUCAAUAUCGAAUUCAAUCGCGCUUACGACGGCAUUAUUUAUUCUAAGGGAUAUUUCAUGAAUCCGGAAUGCACGUACGUAAGACAGAAUUCCGGCUCGACGCAGUAUUCUUUCACUGUGAAUCUGGACUCCUGCGGAACGCAAUUCAUCAACGAUUUCGAGGGCGAAGCUGGUCAAGCGUAUCUGGAAAACGUCCUCGUAUUGCAAAACGAACCGGGUAUACAAGAAGUCUGGGACACAGUUCGAAGAGUGCGAUGCCUCUGGGAAGGGAACAUCAAUAAGGCUCUAACGGUGAAUCUCUCAGUAGAUAUGUUGAACCAGGAGAUAGUUACCUUCAGUGGCGAUACCGCGACAGCCAAACUGGAUAUCCAAAUCGGCAAAGGACCUUUCGCACCCGCGGCCGACGGACUCGUAAAGAUCGGAGAAACAAUGACCUUAGUGGUCUCCGUGGAGGGCGAUCCUGGUUUCGAUCUUCAGGUGCGCGACUGUCUGGCGCGGGACGAAGCCUCGACCAACAUGCUGCAGCUUACCGACGAAAGGGGCUGCAUCUUAAAACCGAAGCUGUUCGGUGCCUUCCAAAAGACAAACGAUACCGGCAAUACGGGCGCAUCUAUUAUCGCUUACGCUUUCUUCCAAGCCUUCAAAUUCCCCGACGUUAUGGAUCUCUUCAUCGAAUGUAAUGUCGAACUGUGUAAAACUAAUUGCGAACCUUGUCCGGAAGCAAAUCAACAAAUUGAGCCCGGAAGACGUCGUCGAUCGGUAACAUAUGCUCCGCCGUCGAGCAACACGACGAACGCGGUUCUGUUGUCGGAUCCGGUUCGUGUUGGACGGCGUUUCAAAGUGAUCAUGUUAGACGACUUGAGCGCAGCAUCCAGCCAGAUCCUCGACAGUAUGGAGGAAACGGCGGUCGAGGCGAUGAUAAAAGCGAAAGAGGUCUGCAUGAGCAACAGUGGAUUUUACACGACCUUCUCUCUCAUGUUAAGCACACUCUUCGUCGCGACCAUAAGCGCGGCUGUGCUAUAUGUUAAAUUACAACGGAUCCGCAAUCCGAAAUUCGUGGAUUCGUAGGAUUAUGGUAUUGUUCUUGCAAUCUCUUUAUCGAAACAAUACCAGCUGAAGGAAGUUGCGUGGAGAACAACAAACGCGUGCCAGUAAUCAAAUAAUAACUUAAACGAUAAGAGCUAUUGUUUCCAUCGCUUCGUAAUUAUUCAAUCGCGGAGGAAUUGCUGAAGAAAAAACGUAUAUUACGGAAUUUGAAACAACUGUUAUUAAUAGUUGAUAUGAGAGCAGAAACUUUUUCCUACGUAUAUUGCUUCUAAAUAUUUAUAAAUAAAUUCUUAUAAAACAUUACUUUCGUCCAAACGUAGGAAAUUUAUUCUGCUCGGAUAACAGAACACACAGAGAGAGAAGCCAUAUAUAAUUUACAUAUCAAUUUAUAAAUAUAUCUAACAAACUAUUCGUGCAAGUCCUCGAAUGACGAUAGUGCUCAUUUUGCGUAAUGCUUUGAAUACCGAUACGAUAUGGUAUUUAUUGCGAUUUCAAUGUCAGCAAUGAUAAUGUAAAUCUUAAGUAUUUGAAAAAUAAAUUAUGAUAUUUGUAAAAAAAGA